AUGAUAUACGUGGACGUCGGAUUCAAGCCCGCUAUACCACUCAAAACCUUCAUAAAACGACUAAGCUGCCAAGUACAGCUCAUAUCCUCAGUUUAUUUUCAGGAUUUUGGGGUCGAUGGCCAAGCUACUUUAAACCACCAGGUUACUGCCACCCUUCUACUUAAUGCUCCAGAACAACUAGCGAAGAUUGACCUAACACCCGUCUAUGGGCCACAGGAAGAGAAGCUACCGGACGAGUACGACUUUCGACACCUCGACCGGUUAGCGAAGAUCUUCAAUAAGAGCCCUAGCAAGCUACCGGCGCUUAAGGACCUCUUGAAUGAGGCGCGAUACAACCCGCACCGAUCACGUUAUUUUAAUGACAUCUUAGUCCAGCUCCGCCUCAAGGAUGAAGCCCAGCCAGUUAAACAGAUAUAUUGCACCCGAGACUCUGUUCUCCAAGCAGUGAAGACUGCGAAGAUGGAGCAGAACUACAAAAAUGGGAAGGCUGACGAAGGAGACAAGUACAGCCAACGGCUUCCUAUUGAGACACUGAAGACUCUCGGAACGCUAUCGUCCAAUCAACUGCGGACCUUGCAGCAGCGUCGUACCACCAGAAACUCCUCGUGCGGCGCCGCGAGCCUGUCACAGACCACGCGGCUCUCCAACAGCUUGCGGCCUUACACCUCACGUGCAUGA